ACUUACGUCACCCUGGCGUGUGAUCCAAACAAUGAUCCUGGAAUUAUGACAGCGUCAGGAGAGGACCCCUUGCAACCCACAAAUUACUAUCUUCAAUACUCUGGAAAAUACGCAUGCACAGAAGCCACUCCAAUUUCUGGGGGGUCUGAGGGUCUCUCUCCAGGAAGUAUUAUCUGCAUAGUAUUUUUGGCACUCCUGUUUGUCUAUGUCGCUGGCGGAGUUGCAGUUCAAAUCUUUGUUAGGAAAGAGUCAGGAGUCAAGGCCAUCCCACAAUCUUCAUUCUGGAUUAGCUUGCCUUCGCUUAUCAGGGAUGGGUUCUUUUUCGUGAUCAGGUAUCGAAAAAGAGAAGAAUACAGCAAAACUUGAAAAAGAUGACCUUUAUUCAGUUUGCUCUAAAGAACUUGCGAUGCCAACAACCUGUGUUUUUUGGGGAAGUUAAACUACAGACAACUACAUGUCCGUCAUUUCCAAAACAUGUUAUACCAAUAAAAUAGACAUCACCCUUAAAGAAUUGCAGCCCAACUGCAAGUGGACUCAAUAAAGUUGAAAAAGCUUA